GCUAAAUCACUUCUAUAAGUUUGCUCUUCUCCUUCGCCGGCUCACCUUUUCUUAUAAUCGGAUACAAUUUGGCUUGCAAUUGAGGGCGUAGUUCUGCUUCUACUUCUAAUCCGCUUGGCGUAAUUAAUUUGAUUAUCAGUGUCUACUUUCUUCAUUUUCUUCUGUUGCACUUGCAGAGGCUUCCAACGCCAACCAUUUCAUUUUUUCAAGUUAUGGAUCCGCAAUGGGCUGACCUUCUCCUGAGUCCCAUCAUCAAUACCACAAUUUCCAAGCUGAUUUCCACUGCUGCUGAGCAAAUCAGCCUUGCUGUUGGCUGGAAGAAGGAGCUUGCAUCGCUUAAAGACAAGUUGAUCCUGGUCCAGGCUGUGCUAAAAGAUGCUGAAGAGAAGCAGGUCAGCGACCCUGCUGUGAAGCUCUGGCUUGAGAGGCUCAGGGAUGUGGUUUAUGAGGCCGAUGAUGUGCUGGACGAGGUUGCUUACGAAAGUGUGAAGUGCAAGGUGGAGACUAAAAACCAGAAGAUGAAAUGGGUGUGUAAUUUCUUUACCUCCUCCAAUCCCUUGCUGUUUCAUAGAAAGAUUUCUGAAAAGAUAAAGAAUAUUAUUGCAUCGGUGGAUGUUAUUAACAAUGAGGCCAGAGGGUUUGGACUCCAAAUUAGACUUGCUACUGCUUGCAGGGUGGUUUCUGAACAAGGAAGAAACCCACAAACUCAUUCCACCAUUGGUGAUUUAUCAGAGGUUGUGGGGAGAGAGGAUGAUGUCUCCAAAAUAGUGCACCUGUUAACUGACUUAUCUGAUGUAUCACGGCUUUGUGUCUUGUCAAUAGUGGGUAUGCCGGGUCUUGGCAAAACCACUUUGGCACAAGCUGUGCGCAAUGAUGAGCAAAUCAAAAACUAUUUUGGUAAAAUAAUGUGGGUUUGUGUGUCGGAUGAUUUUGAUGUAAAGAGGAUUUUAACAGAAAUGCUGGAGUCUCUUACUGGGAAUUCUUGUGCAGUAAAAAAUAAAGAUACUGUGAUUCAAAAAAUACGAGAUGCCAUGGGAGAGAACAACUUUCUUCUGGUACUGGAUGAUAUGUGGGAUGAAGAGAGCCAUAGGAAAUUUGAAGACUUGAGAAGCUGUUUGCUUGGGAUAUGUAAGAACCCAAGGAAUAGAGUUAUUGUGACAACUCGAGAUGAAAAGGUUGCACUAAAAAUGGGAAUGCAUGAUGAACACAUGCAUCAUCUUGGGAAACUACAAGAUGCUCACUGCUGGUCUAUUAUCAGGAAGACAGUAUUUGGAGAUGCAUCUAUUCCUUCUGAAUUCGAGAAUAUUGGUUGGGAUAUUGCUCAAUUAUGUGGAGGUGUGCCAUUAGUUGCAAGUGUUAUAGGAGGAACUUUGUCCACAAGAAGGUUGGAUAGAGUUGAGUGGUUGUCAUUUAAAAGCAAGAUUGAGGCACUGGGUUCAGUAGAACAUGAUAUAGAAAUCAGAGAUUUUGUUAUGGAAAGGGAGAUGUUGAUUCAGCUUUGGAUGGCUAAGGGAUUUCUUCAAUCGGCUGAAGAAAGCCCCAUGACAAUGGAGGAUAUCGAAUGGCCGCCAUGUUUUGGCAAUAUGAAGAAUCUUAGGUAUCUAGAUAUUUCAAGAACUCGGAUAACAAAACUACCAAAGUUCAUCCCCAAGCUAUACCAGUUGCAAACAUUUAGAUUCACGACUUGCAGAUCUCUAGAAAUGCCUCCAGAAGGAAUUGGAAGUUUAAUCAACUUGAGGCAUAUAUACUUCAGUGAUGAAGAGCAGAUGCCUGCAAACAUUGGGAAGCUAAUGUGUCUUCAAACAUUGCCGAAGUUCUUUGUAGGCACAACAAAGGGAUGCAAAAUUGAAGAAUUGGGCAGCUUGAGAUGCCUUAGAGGAAGUUUGAAGAUUUGUAAUCUUGAGCAUGUUAAGGACAAAUCAGAAGCUAUGGGGGCAAAGUUAUAUGAGAAGACAAUUUCUGAGUUGAGAUUAAGAUGGGGAAAAGAAAGCAAUCGAGAUGAAGAUGUUUUGGAAGGUCUCCAACCACACUCAGAUUUGCAAGUAUUAGAAAUUCAUGGUUAUGGAGGCAAAAACUUGUCAUCAUGGAUGUCGAAGAAUGUUAUGAAUUGUGAUAUGUUUUUGCUCAAGAAUUUGGUGGAAUUGAGAAUUGUACAGUGCAAAAAUAUUAUAGCCGACGGAGGAUUUGCUAAAUUGGCGUCCCUUAAAGAAUUACGCAUAUCCGAUUGUCCCAAGUUGGAAAGGGUUUCAUCAAAUGGUUUAUCAUUGCCUCAGUCACUCUUGAUUCCAGGUUGCAAAGAGUUGAGUAGCCUAUCAACCUCCACGUGUCUAAAAGUUCUAUCUUUGGAUGAAUGUCAAAAUCUAAGGUCUAUUCCAAGUCUACGUGGGCUUAGUUCUCUUGAAGAGAUUCGACUGUGUUCAAAAUUGAGGAGCAUCCCAGAAAAUACCCUCAAUUCCCUUACCAACUUGAAGAAAUUGGCUAUUGGUGGUUUUUCGGAGGAGUUGGAAGAAUUUCCUGGUCUCAGUAGCCUCCAAGCCUCCCUUGAACGCUUGGAUUUGAUUGGAUGGGGAAAACUAACUGAGUUUCCACUCGAAAUUCAAAACCCAAACCUUACCGCUCUAAACUGGCUGUCAAUCGACGAUUUCAAGGAAGUGGAGACAUUACCGAAGUGGUUAGGAAACUUAUCCUCUCUUAAAUCACUAUGGAUUCGGGGAUGCCUUCGAUUAAAGUAUCUACCAAGUGGGCUGUCAUUCUUCCCUACUCUCGAGCGGCUUAUCAUAGUCGGGUGUCCUAAUCUAGUCUCUGCUAACCUAGAGGAGAUCCUCGGCGGUCUUGCUCGCUUGAAGAUAUUAUGGAUCGGUCUUUUCUCAGAAGAGUUGGAGGAAUUCCCAAGUCUAAGUUCCAUUCACAACCUCGGCUCUUCCCUUGAAUAUUUGGCUUUGAGUGGUUGGGCAAAGCUAACUCAGUUGCCACAUCAAAUUCAACACCUCACAGCUCUAAGGAUUUUAGUUGCAAGAAUCUGAAACAUCUCCCUUCUGCAGAAUCCAUUCGAC